CAUUCCGACCAUCUGUAGAGAGAGAAAAAAUGGAGGAGAGAGUAAUAGUUCUGUAAUGUCUAGAGAGAGAGAGAAGAGAAAGAGAAGACCCUAAUUCGUUCCUUCCUCCCUCCUAACUAGUGUCGGAGAAGAAGAAGAAGAAGAAGAAAACUUAACAGCUCCGGUAUAACUUUUACGAACUGAAUCGGCUUGAUUGAGAUUGGGUGGGAAUCACACAUACAUUUCUUACAACUGAAGAAAAAGUCAAAAUUGGAGCUGUUUUUUAUUGAUUUUCGAAGAUCUUAAGCUUUGAUUUGGAUUCAAGAGGUUUUCUUAAAUGUAUGUGGUACCACCUCCACGGAGUGGAGAUCCAAGCGGCGGCGGCGGUGGUGGUGGGGGUGGAGAUACUACUGAAGGUUCACCACCAAGGGUUUACCAAACAUGGAAAGGAAGCAAUGUAUUCUUCCUUCAAGGCAGAUUUAUAUUUGGACCAGAUGCGAGAUCUAUGCUGCUGACAAUACUUCUCAUUGCUGCUCCCGUCAUAAUUUUCUGUGUUUUUGUGGCUAAAAAACUAAUGGACGAUUUUCCUCAUCAUUAUGGCAUAUCCAUAAUGGUGUGUGCUGUGGCAUUCACAGUAUAUGACUUAGCUCUUCUUCUGCUUACUUCUGGAAGAGAUCCUGGUAUAAUACCUCGUAAUACUCACCCUCCUGAACUUGAAGGCUAUGAAGGGUUUGCUGAUGUUGGAGGUGGCCAAACCCCACAGUUACGUUUGCCUCGUAUGAAGGAUGUUGUUGUCAAUGGGAUUACGGUGAAGGUCAAAUACUGUGAUACUUGCAUGCUAUAUAGACCUCCUCGUUGCUCACACUGUUCCAUCUGCAAUAACUGUGUGGAACGUUUUGACCACCAUUGCCCCUGGGUUGGGCAGUGCAUUGGACGGCGGAAUUAUCGUUUCUUUUUCAUGUUUGUGUUCUCGACAACUCUUCUCUGCUUAUAUGUGUUUUCUUUCUGUUGGGUUUACAUCACGAGAAUAAAAAAUGCCGAGGAUGUUUCAAUUUGGAAGGCAAUGAUAAAGACUCCCGCAUCUAUGAUACUUAUUAUUUACACCUUCAUAGCUGUCUGGUUCGUCGGUGGCCUGACUGUUUUCCAUUUAUAUCUCAUCAGUACCAAUCAGACAACUUACGAGAAUUUCAGAUACCGAUAUGAUCGAAGGGACAACCCAUAUAACAGAGGCGUAGUAAACAAUUUUGGGGAGAUAUUUUGGACCAGCAUUCCUCCAUCCAAAAACAAAUUUAGGGUAAGGGUACCACUGGAGCCAGAGGUACCUCCACGCAUGGCUGGGUGUGGUUUUAUGAGUCCAAAUAUGGGAAAAGCCAUGGGUGACAUAGAGAUGGGAAGAAAGCCAGUUUGGAUCGAGGGUGGAGCUGGUAAUCUUGAUGGACAAUUGAGCAAUGAAGAUGGGUCAGACGGCAAAGGAGAUCAUUCUUGUGAUGCCUCUCCAAGUUUAAACGGGACACCACAGGUCGAAAUAGCAGGAGGAGGAAUUGAUGGAAUUCAAAACAGACAUUCAAGUUGGGGAAGGAAAGGCGAGAGUUGGGAGAUAUCAUCUGAUCUUGCUCCGAACGUAGAAGGAGUUGGUGAACUGAACCAAUUUAGUGGAGGAAAUAUGAAGAACAGAGACAGAUAAUACAAAAUGUAAAGACUGAUGGAUGGUUUGGGAUCGACAUUGCAAAAGUCAAGCCCAAAAGAGAAAGGAAAAAAAUAAACAAGUUCUUGGGGUUGUCCGUCCCUUUCAUUAUGUUGUUAUGUGAGACUUUUGUUUUGUUGUAUUGGAUUAACAAAGGCAAGGAUGAGUGUGGGGGAAAGUGGUAUGCAAGCCGAUAUAGCAUUUGUUGAUUUUAAUGUUCCAGGUCUUGGCAUUGUGUUGUAUUGGCUUUGAAAAUGGUGAUGCAGUAUGUUUUUACAUUUGGGUUUUCUUUCUUUUAUUCUCUCUCUCCAUCUUUUGUUGUUCUUUCUUUAGGCUUGGGUGUACAGGGUUGUUGGGGUGUUCUUAUUCUUGUCCUCUUAAUUUUCUGUUAUAAGUGAAGUUUGUAAAUUGAAUUUGAGAAACAUCAUUACUAUCUUUCAGUUGAA